CAAAUUUUGAUCGGUUCCUCAAAGUAUUGCGCGCCCUUGUUUUUCGUAUUAAGCAAAAAAAGUUUUGCAAAACAUUUUAAAAUUAAUUAAAUCUUAAUUAAAGCAGGAUAAAUACAAAGUUAACUGUAUGUUUGGGGCAUUUGGAAAGCAGGAGACUCCAAAGGAGAUGGAAGAGAUACUGAAUGACACGAUAACGCCACAAGAGCUAGAGAAAUUCGAGAAAGUGUAUAUGAAAGAGCUUAAAGAUAAGAAAUGUGUGACUGCUAAGACCCAAUUUGAAUAUGCUUGGUGUCUUGUGAGAUCAAAAUAUGGUGCAGACAUAAAUAAUGGAGUUAAAAUAUUUGAAGGAUUAUGCAAAGAUGAUCCUGACAACAAGAGAGACCAUAUCUAUUAUUUAGCUAUAGCAUAUACAAGAAUGAAGGACUAUACAACAGCUCAGAAAUACGUACAAGCCUUUCUCGAAAUCGAACCAAAUAAUAUGCAAGUUAUGUUGCUAGAUGAACAUAUUGAGAAAGAGUUAAAUAAAGAAUUUAAGAAAGAUGCAGCAAUAGCAGGUGGUGCUUUGUUAGUUUUAGGAGGAUUACUUGGAGUUGGAUUCGCUUUAGCCAAAAAAUAUCACGAUAAAAAGAAGCCAGACGAGGAAGUACGGAAGAAUGAACCAGCAAAUUAAAUUAAAUUAACGUAUUUAAAGAAAAAUAAUUUUGAGUCUUAAAAAGUAAUAAUACGAGUAUUUAAAAAAUAUUAAUUCAACUUCUUGCUUCCGUUAAUCUAUUCCAUUUUUAAUAUAUAUAGUUUACCUUUCUAAAUAUUCGUAUAAAUCCUUAUUCUCGCGCCAGACGAUAGCAUAAAUUAAUAAUAGACGUUUUUGUACAAUUUCGAAAGUCUUUUGCAUGCAUUCCACUAAAUGAUCGGUCGAUAAGAUUUCCAUAAUGUGGAAUGCAAUCUCGUCUCCGCACACAAGUAAGAAUGUUACGGCAACAUCGUGAUAUCCCUAAUAGAAAGGAUAUGUGUGUCAAAAUUUAUUGUUAUUUAAUUAUACUAAAUAUAUUUCGUAGAGCUCUGUUUUUUCGAUUAAUAGGGAAUUAAUUAAUACAAAUGUUACCAAAAAAUGAACUUAGAAUGAAGGAAUGAAUUGUUUAGGAAUCUAGUUAAUUAAUAAAAAGAGAAUCUUACUUGAUAAUACGAAAGAUGUGGA